AUGAGUCUAGGAACUCAGCAGCGCUGUCUGCCUGGCCUGGUGGCCUUUGGAGCUCUUCAGACUCCUGUGCAUCACCCUCUGUUCUUAGGGCACACCCUGUCAUCCAACGCCUCCCUGGCUGGGGCCACAUCUACCCUGGGAUCCUUGCUGGGGACAGUGAAUGGCUCCUACCCGCUAGGAUGCCCUGCUGCGGCCCUGACCGCUUUCCCACUAGGAGAUAACUGGCCCUGGGUGAUAGAUACCCCUCCUUGGACGCCUACCCAAGCACAUGGGAUUAUGACGAGAAAAUUGCAGUCCUGGCUGCUAUGGCUGCUGCAGACCAAGACCUCUGCCAGGGAGUUCCAGGGACUCUCAGUGUUGGGGAGCCAGGCAGCUAUGGUCCAGUGUCGUGAGUGGCUCCAGCCACAGGGGAUCAAGGAUAGUUCUGAUUGGGAGGGUCAGGCCAAGGCUGCUGCAGCUGUGGCAGGAGGAGGUAAGUCUCUGCCGCGGAAACCUGCUCCUCAUCCAUCCCCAGGCCCUGGGACUUGGGCAGCCGCUGGCCUUGCACCUGCCCCAGGCUUCCUGUACAUUGUAGGGGAGGAGGCGCUGGACUUGAUGUGCUCUGUGUGUGUGAUUGGGGGGGCGUGUCCAUCUCCCCCUCAACCCAGCUCCUCUGCCCCUACAGCCCUGGCCGUGGGGGCUGUGCCCGUGGUGCUGGGCGCCGUGAGCUUCAGGGCAGGAAUCGCAGCCUCCUCCUUAGCGGCCGAGAUGAUGUCAGCGGCUGCCAUGGCCAAUGGGGGCGGAGUUGCCGCCGGCAGCCUCGUGGCCACUCUCUCCAGUCCGUGGGUAAGUGGACUCUCCCUGUCACCCAGACUCCUCCUGGGAUCUGCUGGGUUUGCCCUUGUGUCCCUCGUGGUGGGCUUGUGACAGCUCCCUGUCACUCCCUUUGCAGAGAAGAGGACCAGGUAGUGCCCUGCUCGCCAGCCUGAUGCAGUAAGGGACCAACCGCUGCACCCCCAGAGGAAAAUAAGAAAUAAAAAUGAGUUGUUGCAACCCCUCUGGAUCCCUUCCUUCUUGUUUGCCUGAAGUCGGGGUGGGGGAAGGCUCACUUCUCUUAG